ACUUCACAGCGAUUCGACUUAGCUAAUCACAGCGACGGGGCUCGCGGCAGACUCGACUCGGCAUGGAUGCUGAAAUCCCAGCCAUUGUCGAGAUGGCCGUCACUCUGAGUCGGGCCUAGGUCGAGCUAGAAACCCGGGAGAAGCCGACCAUUUUUGUCUGGCUUCUUGUCUGGCUGUGCCCAGCAACAUCGUUAACGUGGGCAACCAGCGACUCACAAACAGUCCUACCAGGCCACCAAGAGCCCUAGCGGGCGCUGUCCUGUAUAGGCACAAGACCCCUCGUCCCUGGCGCGAGACCCGGCAGCACCUGAGGAGGCGCCCAUCGCUCCAAGCCCCUUUUACCUCGAUCCGCGACUCUAUCCGGACGUCCACAUAGCAGGUGCGCGGCCCCGUUGUCGCUGCUUGCGAUCAAGAAGCCUACAGCUGCUCCUCGCUCCCGCCAUCGCACCGCGCUGUCGCUUCUCGCAGUCGACGGCCUCCUGCUCGCCCUCCCACCGCCUUGGCCCUGCGGCUGGCGCCUGCACCCGUCGCCACCAUGUUUUGCCUUCGCAGCUGGCUCCCGCUGCUCUUCAUCCCUACAAACGCCUCGCCGGCCUUCAUCUUUCUGUUUUUCGUCUGCACAUACUUCCUCAACAGGCCAUGCGGGUAUUGCUCGUUCCUGUUGCUGAUCCUGUUCAUGACGUCGUGCAACUGGAGCGACCGCUGCUUCUUCGACUUCUCCACCAACUGGUUCCAGUCGCGCCCCUCAUCGGCCCUCGUCGCGCCGCCGCCCGAAGCCGCUAACGCCUCGUCCGCCCUCUCCGCCUGCCGCGACGACCUGUGUGCCGCCGGCGCCGUGGCCGCCGAGCUGCUCAACACCACGGCCGCAUCGCUGGCCGCCGCCGCCGCCGACCACGCCGCAAAGGCCCGCGCAGAAUGGACCGGCCUGGGCAUGGAGUGGCUGAGGAGCCUGUUAGGGAGGAGGGAGUGGCGCAUAGACUGCCUCGACGUCAACAUACGGCUAUAACGGGGGCGGUGGAGUCGGUGCCUUUUGUCUCUUUUCCUUAAUUUUCCUAGGCUCUCAAGCAUCAUUGUCUAUCCCACGUUCCAACAGCGGAUGCAUUUUCUGGACAGGCGCGAGCCAAGGGGACCUUCUGUUCCCUUUGGCUCUUGGUUUGUAUGAUUGACUCGGGAAGCAUUAUAGCAUGAGCAGGCUCGGUUCCAAGCGCCUUUACUCACUUAUAUAAUAGGACAGCAGACUUUUGGUAGCACCUCGCAAGCCAUUCCGUGAC